AUGGAAUCUGAAUCAUCCUAUUCUUUACCUAGUACUGUUGAUUGGUGGAGGGUGUGGCAAACUGCUAGAGGCCUUUCUCGUGAAAAGUUUGUGAACCCUGAUUGUUAUGAUUUGGAGUGGGUGGCAUAUCAUCGUAGACAUAAAGUUAUAUCAAGAGAUGAUACACCAGAGAGAGUAAUUGCCAGUAAACAUCCAUCAGAUUCCGCAUUUCUUCCUGAAAUUGAGAAGGACAUCGAACGUAUUCUUCAAAUUUCAAAAUCAUUUUCUAGGAAAACACCUUUGCUAACAGAAGAAGGUACAAGCUUCGUUGAACAUAUUAGAAAACAGCAUGAUAACGUUGAACCUGUAUGGUCGUCAACCCGUAUAAAAGAUCCUGCAUUGUUACUAUUACCACCAGAAGAACGUCUCUAUAUUGACGAUAGUUUAUCAGCAUCAAAUCUAUUCCCACCAUUCACAGAUAUUGGCUAUCCAAAAUUUAAAAACAAUCUUUUUGUGACUCAUGCUGGCUGGUCGUUUUUUGCAUAUGAUGAUAGUGUGUUUGUUAACAUCCUUGAUAGAUUACCAUCAGAAAGACUUGUGACUCAAUUUAAAGCAAGAUUCGAAGUAUCAGAUUGGUUCAAUAACUAUCCUGAUAUUGGGACCACUAACGCCCCUUUCUUCACCUUACAAGAUCCAGAAGUAUUGGGUGACAAUUAUGGGAAAUUUGAUAUCAAUUUUAUGAAAGUUUGCAGGUUUCUUAAUAAUAAUGUAUUGUGCACAUGUACAACAAAUGGAUUAGUGGUUAUUUAUGAUAUCAAGAAAAUAAUUAAGAAAUUUGAAUAUGCUUACCAUAGAACCCCUAGAGGAGACAAUACAAUAUUCACGGUUAUGCCGUUAUUAGUAGUGAAAGUACCCGAUAGUUGUUGGAGUGUUGAUAUUAUUGAUACUGAAGAAGUUAGUUAUAUUGCUGCUGGUAGUAAUAUGCAUGUUUUGAGUAUAUUUGCUAUCCCAAGAGAUCAAGAUCUUACAGAUCAUCUAGAAUCAUAUUCAAAGGAUAUACCGACUUUGCAUAACGUUCCCAGCUGUCAUUUCGUACCAAAUUCUGUAGAUAUGAAUGGAUUUGUUACAGUUGCAUAUACAACAAUAUUCGGUGAUACAUCCACAUUAAAAGUCAAAUAUUUCAAAAAUAAAAAAAGAUUAAGAGUUAUUGGAUUAGAUACUCAAUUUUUUGGUGAAAAUUGCUGGUCAGUAACUCCCUUAAAGAAAAAUGAUUUCAAAUCUGUUAACGAAUUUGAACUAUUAAACGCUAAUUAUUGUAAAGUCUUUAAGAAUUCUAUUCUAUAUUCGGUAAUUCAAGAUAGUAAACUAUUUGAAUUAAGCCCAGUAUCGGUUUCUCGUUCUGGUGAUUUUGGAGUUGGCGCAAUUUCAACUCAAAUACCUGUCCCAGUUUCAAAUUUAUCUUUAACUUUUAGGAAAUGGGAACAUAAGGCUGACAUUCAUUUACGUUUUACAGCUUUUGAUGAUGAAGGGAAAAAAAUAAAUGGAUUCUUUAAUUCAUCGGGCCAUCCUUUAGAUUUUGAUAUUUCAGUAACUAAUAGUACCACUUCCAGGGUAUAUGUCGGUAAAAGUUCGCCGUUACAGUUUUAUUAUUUAACCAGCCCAAAUGGAAACCCAGAACGUGUUAAAGUUCCUAAAAAAGGUUACCUCUUGGAGUACUGGAAAGAUUUGACUAACCAACCUCCAUCGACACCUUAUAACUCACAAGAUCAAUUCCAUUUUUCAACUCCCAUAGAAGAUACCAGAUUAACACAUUAUAAUUUAGGUAUCAAUGGGAAACGAAUGGUUCUACCAAGAAAAUUUAUUUGUAAAGAAUCUACAUACUACCCGAAAUCUUUAAUUACAAAAGGUGUAGUAUUAAUUAAAUCUGAAUAUUAUGCAAAUAAUGAAACGAUUGAUUUCAGUAAAAAAUAUUCACAUAUGUAUGCUUAUGAUUAUGACAAAGGGAGUUUUUCUGAAGAGGAAUCCGAAGAAGAAGAGGAUCCUUGGGAUACUGAUGAGCCCAUAGUAGGCCCAUUAAGUAGCCAAUUAGAUUGGGCUUUAACAAAUUAUGAAAUGAAAAUUGGUAGACUUCUUUAUAUAAUGAAAAGCUCUUCAGGAAACAUUUCAUCUGGCUAUGAAGUUAGUGAUUUAGAUGACGAUUUUCUCUUUGUUACCACAGCUACUAAAAUAUAUUUAGUGAAGGCCAAUCCAUUAGCAAUUACUUCGUUCACUAAAGAUGAUAUCUUUCCAAUAAAAGACGCAGUGCUAUGUGAGGAAGCAUUGGCCAACUCUAUGAAUAGAAUCAAUAUUGUUUGCCAUAUAAGAGAAUUAAAUUGUUUCGUUGUUGCUUCACAACUUGGCUUAAUUUCUAUCUUAAGAUUGACAGAAUAUAAUGGAAUUUAUUCAUUCCGCCAAGAGUAUAUUAAAGGUUGGGAAUCUCAAGCGCCUGGAGAACCUGACAAUAUCUGUGCAUUUGCAAGUCUAAACCAAUACAUGUAUGAAUGCUUUGGUGAUGAAUUGCGUCUACCUUAUCUGAAUAUAAUGGGCAUGGAUUAUAUGUACAUCCCAGAGAAUGAACGAAAUAAUACGGCCCCAUACGCCAUGCUAUAUGUGCUAGCAGGUCCUGGUAAUACCUUAUAUAGAUUCAAGAUCGCUUCUGGCAAAACCCCGUACCUAACAAAAAUUUAA